ACGUGAUUAGUUAUUUUAAAUCUUACUACUAGAAGAAAAAAGGAAAGUUGAAGCACCGUGGCCUAAUAGUCAAGGUUUAAAGGUUUCUACACCCAGAUCUGGGUUCGAAUCUUAGGCAACGCAAUUUCUACAGGAGGAGGUCUGGGUUUCAAUUCCCGGAGAAGGCAGAUUAUGCAAGAAUAUUAGAGAAAAGGCUUACAAGAGAUCUUCAGCAUGGCGCAAGGAAUACCGUCAGGAAUAAAUCUCAUAAGGCGACUCAGGGUGAUGCAGUCAGGCGUGAAUCUUCAGAAGACAGGUAGUAUUGUCGGCUGUAAUAUCAUCUAUGUAAUGUUUUUCAUGAUUUGUAAUAGCAUAAUCAACCACACAAAAAAAAAAAAGAAAAAAGGAAAAACUUCAGCUGAGCUGCUUUUACAACCAUGAUUAAUUAAAGGGUAUUUGCAUCUCAUACAUUAAAACUCGGUUUCAGAAAUAUUGAAAAUGUUUUUAAAAUGUCCAACUUCCAAUAGUCUAUCAUUACUUUUUGCCUUGGUGAAAUCGUGAAUUGUGAGAUCUGAACGGCAAAAGAAUCAUUUCAUGUGCUCUUGCCUUGUUUACUUUUGAGAAAAAAAAAAACUCAUUAACAAAGAAAAAUCAGAAAAAAGAUCGACACAAGAGAAGAGAAGAGCUGUUUAGCUGUUUGGAAAGCGAAACACAUCAAAAUGGAAAAACAAGAGGUAUCAAUUCACGAGCAUCCUUUGUUACCAGUCACUCGAUUUGUUGACGGUCACUGUAAAGGGUGUUAUGUUCUGGAUUAUAUGUACGGAGGGUAUUGUUGCAAUGAGUUGGGAUGUGGUGCUAUGUUUCAUAAAGAGUGUGGUGAAGCCUUACAAGAAAUCAACCACUCUUCUCAUCCCGACCAUCCUCUCAAGUUGAUCAUUGAUGAUAAGUAUUAUGCAUGUAGUUUAUGUAGGAGAUAUGGAUCUCCUUUGGUCUAUUCUUGUUCAGUCUGUGAUUUCAAGUUGGAUUUGGAUUGUGCAGCGAGAUCACCUCAACUUUCUACUCUUUCGAAGCCCAGGUUGCAUGAGCAUCCGCUAGAACUCUGCCCUUCUUCCAAGUUUGUUGAUCACAACACAUCCCCGGGAAUUUGCGAAAUGUGCGAUGGUCAACACAACGACAUUCACUAUAUGUGUGUUCAGUGCAAAUUGUACUUCCAUAAAGAAUCUGUCACAUUUUUUACAGAGGCUUGCCACACUUCCCAUCCCAAACAUUCACUCAAGUACCGUGAGGCUGAAGCAGCACCUACUUACGCUGACAAGGAAUGUAUUCUUUGCAAGAAGGCAUUUUCCCUAGAAUUUUACCAUUGUGAUGUUUGCAAUUUCAGCAUAUGCAAAGAGUGCAUGAAAAACCCACCACCGGUUGAUAUUGUCAGCCUCACAACCCAUGAGCAUCAGCUUCACCUUGUUCCUAGACUCAUCGAGUUUACUUGCAAUGCUUGUGGGACUACUGGUGACCGAAGCCCUUAUUUCUGUCUUCAGUGCAAUUUCAUGAUCCACUGGGAGUGUAUCGAUCUGCCACGUGUCAUAUACAUCAACCGCCAUGAUCACUGUAUCUCUUACACCCCUCGCCUUGGACAUGGAGAGUGGAAAUGCAUAGUUUGCCGUCGAAAAGUUGAUGGGUUCUAUGGAGCUUAUUCUUGCUCCAAAUGUCCUACUUUUGCUGUUCAUGCAAGAUGUGCAACAAACAAAAAAGUAUGGGGCAUGGUCGAACGAGAAGGGACACCAGAAGAAGAAGAGGAAAUAGCACCAUUCGAAGUGAUUGAUGAUACGACAAUAAAGCAUUUCCUCCAUGAUCAUAACUUACGGAUCAGCAAGGAUGGUGCCAUCCUCCACGAAAGCAUACUUUGUCGAGCGUGCUCGUUCCAGAUUUGUUCAGAGCCGUUCUACAGUUGUGAGGAAUGCAGUUUCACUCUUCACACAAAAUGCACUAAACUUCCUCGGAUGAAACGGCAUGUCUGCAGCAACCUUCCUCUUACGCUACAAAUAGAUACAGAAGAAAUAUCAACAUCUUUCUGUAAACUUUGUCUACAAAGUUUUACUGGUUUCAGGUACGUUAAUGCUCUUGGAGGAUCUUAUUGUAUGUGUAUAGAUGUACGAUGUGGUUCCCUUUCAGAACCAUUUGUUCAUGGAAGCCAUCCACAUCCUUUGUACUUCUACAUGGGGAAUCAAAAAAUCCACAUGAGUUGUAGUGGAUGUAAACGAAGAUUGGCAAAAUAUUUAGUUUGUGAAGAGUGCGACUUCAUAUUGUGUUUCGUGUGUGCUUUUUUACCACAAAAGGUAAUGAGGCAUAGAUACGAUGAUCAUCCCCUCUAUUUGUCUUAUGGUGAAAGGAGUGUGGAUGGCAAAUAUUGGUGUGAAGCAUGUGAAACAAAAUUGAACCCAGAGGAAUGGUUCUAUACAUGCAAUGAAUGUGGGGUUGUGUUGCAUAUUUCCUGCACUUUGGGAGAAUUCACAUACACUACGCCAGGUUCAGGAGGAGUUGUACCCAACACCUCUGUCUCUAGACCAAUUUGCACCAGGUGUAGCAAGAGAUGCAUUUUCCCUUCUAUUAUCAAGUCUUCAGAGGAUGGAUUUGUUAAAUACUUAUGCUCUCGAAUGUGUCUUACUUCAUCUAGAGAUGCUACAUAUGACUGAUUAACAUUUCAAUGUCAUGUAGCAGGUAUGCAUCAAGAAUUUGUAGCAAUUUCCCUUUCAUUUUUAGAAGUUCCAAGGAUAUAGUUGUUGAAUACUUUCUCUCUUUUGAAUGUUACAUUUUUUUAAGAUGACAAGUUUAGCUAAUUAUAU